AGGUGAGAGGAGGCACUAGGACUUUGGCACAGCUCGUCACACCGGAGAUCCCUCGGUCCAAAACCGUCUGCAGACGUUCCAACGUGACGUCAUUGCUUCCGCAACACCCCCCACACCCCCCAGUGUCGGCGGCUCUCGCCUGCUGCUGACUACACAAUCCAACAUGGAGUAAUGAGAGAUGGGGCUCCUCUUCGAGACCAGCGCGCAGUCUUCAGACACGGCGGGCGACGCGAGGCGAGAAACCGUCGAUGUAGCCAUCGGGAUGUUGCAUAACGCGAGGAUUAACCAGAUGCAUUGCAAACCGUGACGGGUAAAGUGCAGUGCGCGGAGAAAGAACGAAAAUAAGGAACGCCGCGAGACGGAUUUGGGGGAAACUCGUUGAUGCACUGGACUUUAAAAAAAAAAGGCGAGGUGGAAAAUCGAGACGACAUGAAGCCCGAACACUGCGUGCCCGCGGUGGGAUAUUAUUUCUAUUGUAGGUGAAACGUGGGGAAACAUGACUGAGGAAUCGCACCCAGACGAUGACAGUUACAUAGUGCGAGUGAAAGCUGUGGUGAUGACGAGGGAUGAUGCUAGCGGGGGUUGGCUGGCUCAGGAGGGCGGUGGUCUCAGUCGAGUGGGUGUCUGUAAGCUGGUCCCAGCUGACCUGGAGCUCCUGGGACGGAGCGGCUUUCUCAUCUUUGGAGAGCGGCUCAAAGACAAGCAGGUGAUCCUGCAGUGCUUUCUGAAGAAGGAUCUGGUCUACACUAAAGCCACGCCCACUUUCCAUCACUGGAGAGUGGACAACAGGAAGUGUGGCCUGUCGUUCCAGAGCCCCGCUGACGCCCGAGCGUUCGAUCGCGGCGUGAGGAAGGCCAUCGAGGACCUCACAGAGGGCUCCACCACUUCUUCCUCCACGCUGCAGAAUGAAGCCGAACUUGGUGAUGAUGAUGUUUUCACGAAUGCCACAGACAGCUCGUCUAACUCUUCUCAGAAGAGAGAGCCGUCCAUGCAGACGCUCCAUGCACCAAUCAGCUUCUCCGAGCCCCACCACUGCAUUCUGGGACAUCUCUACGACCAACACAGACACUCUGACCGCUUCUACCUGGAACAGACGGUGCCCAUGUUUCCGUGUUCCCGUCACGUCAGGUUUCACGAGGAAGAGGAGGAGAUCGUCCGGAUUAACCCGCGUGAGCGCUCUUGGUUGACGGGGUACGAGGACUAUCGGCACGCCACCACAGCGACGCGGGCCAAACCUCUGCGACCGGACGCCACGGACGCUUACGUUCACCUCGCUAAGAGCGAACCUCCCAAACACGACUACACUUACUCGUACCCACUCAGUGGGGACGGACACACUCCUCGCGACGGCAAGACGGGCAUCGGCGGCGGCGUGGUCACCGGUCAGCCGAGGGCACUCACCGCUAAAUGGCUGCCGCGGCGCGUGGAGGACAGCAGAGAGCGCUUACGGUGUGUGUACUGUCAAAACAUGUUCAGUCCGGCCGAAAACGGGCGCGGGCGCUGCCAGGAAGCUCCGGACCCCGUGCAGACGUGCAUUCGCCGGGUGAGCUUCAUGUGGUGUGCGGACAGCCUGCUCUAUCAUUGCAUGUCGGACCCCGAGGGCGACUAUUCGGACCCGUGCUCCUGCGACGCCAGCGAAGAGCGCUUCUGCCUGCGCUGGCUAGCUCUCCUGGGACUCUCUCUGCUUGCGCCCUGCAUGUGCUGCUACGCACCGCUGCGAGCGUGUUACCACUGCGGCGUCGCGUGCCACUGCUGCGGCGGCAAGCACAAGGCCUCGGGGUGAGCGGGGGAAACGUGAGCACAUCUGCAGCUGGGAAAAACCACAGAUGAAAAGUGGAAGAAUGAACUAAUGGCUGCAUUUGUGUUUUGCUUUUUUUGUUUUGUUUUUUCCCUUCCCGCUGAGUUUCGGAGGGUCUGUCCAUUUUUGUUUCAUUUUCUCAAUUUUAUUGUACUGGACAGCUGUCCUGGUUUGUAUUUUUCUUUGUUUUUAAAAGAGUAACCCUCAGCUUCCAUUUAAAAGACUACACACUAUAAAUAUUCAUUU